CUGGCAACACUGAUUGAAAGUAGAUUGCAGUAGAUCGUAAUGGCGGAUGGCGUGGGUUCGUGUGCUCUGAGUCGUUUUUGCAUUAAUUUUUUCUAGUGUUUCAAGUGACAGUUCCAGUACACAGUGAGAAUUUCAUAGACACCCACGAUGAAUGCCUGUGUUACGGAGAGCCCUCGACUGUUGAUGGUGACGGAGGUGAAAGAAGAGGAACUAUCAGCAUCUGAAGAUGGUUCUUCAGUACACAAACAUCUGAUGGCUGAGGAAUUGCACGACAGUGAUAACAAUGCAGUAAAGAUCGAGCCUGAGCUGCCUUCAGGAAUUACUGACAGCCUGGGGAGCACUGUCAAGACAGAAGAUGACGACUGGGACGCCAAGUGGAGGGUGGAUGUACCCGACCGGGACCCGCUGGAGCUGGGGCCCGACACCAAGGUUUCCCUCGGCGAUGGUGUUGUCAAAGAGGAGUCCGAAGCUCCCAUUGCCGCCGUCGGCGAGGGAGACCAGGCAACAAGCUCAACAGGCGGACUGCCAACGGUCUGUUGUCCUCAUUGCGACUUCAGCUGUCUGGGACUAGAUCGCCUGAACAUGCACGUCAAGGAUAGACACGGUCACAUCGGCAGGAACGGCAAAUUGAAGUGUGAAUGGUGUCAGUACUCUACGGAUAAUUCCGACGACAUGGCAAACCACCGCCGUACACACAUGGGAGAGCGGCCGUACCGAUGUGAUGCGUGUGGAAAGUCGUUUUCCAAGCGUGAUAGUCUAACUAUCCAUCACCGCACACACACGGGAGAGCGGCCGUACCGAUGUGAUAUAUGUGGGAAGUCGUUUUCCCAGCUUGGUAAUCGAACCACCCACCGCCGUACACACACGGGAGAGCGGCCGUACCGCUGUGAUAUAUGUGACAAAACGUUUGCCUUACAACGCAUUCUAACUACCCACCGCCGCUUACACACGGGAGAGCGGCCGUACCGCUGUGAUUUAUGUGACAAAACGUUUGCUGUAAAAGGCAAUCUGACCACACACCGCCGUAUACACACGGGAGAGCGGCCGUACCGAUGUGAUAUCUGUGACAAAAUGUUUGUUGUACGAAGUAGUCUGACCACCCACCGCCGUACGCACACGGGAGAGCGGCCGUACCGAUGUGAUUUAUGUAAUAAGUCGUUCACUGAGUCAUCUAAGCUGACCGGCCACCGCCGUACGCACACGGGAGAGCGACCUUUCCGUUGUGAUAUAUGUGACAAAACGUUUGCUGUAAAAGGUAAUCUGACCAAACACCGCCGUAUACACACGGUAGAGCAACCGUUCCGAUGUGUUACAUGUGGCAGGUCGUUUUCCGAGCUUGGUAGUCUGACUCACCAUCUCAGCACACACACGGGAGAGCAACGUUUCCGUUGUGAUAUAUGCGACAAAACGUUUACUACACAAGGUAGUCUGACCACACACCGCCGUAUACACACGGGAGAGCGGCCGUACCGAUGUGAUAUCUGUGACAAAACGUUUGUUGUAAAGAGUAAUCUAACAAUCCACCGCCGCACACACACAGGGGAACGGCCGUACCGAUGUGAGUUAUGUGAUAAAACGUUUGCACAACAGGGUUAUCUGACCGCCCACCGCCGUACGCACACGGGAGAGCAGCCGUACCAAUGUGUUAUUUGUGAUAAGUCGUUUUCCCAGCUGAGAUAUUUCACUCACCACCGCCGUUCACACAUUGGAGAGCGGCCGUACCGCUGUGAUAUAUGUAAAAAGUCGUUUCCUGAGCAGGCUCUUCUGGCUCGCCACCGUCGCAUACACACGUUAGGUGUUGCCAUGCCGCUGUGAUAAAUGUGGGAGGACGUUUUCUCGGCCGAGUCAUCCAACUAUCCACCACCGUUUGUGUAUUUACUAGCCUGAGACUAUACCAGUGUGCUAUCUAAGAGAAUAUUUUCCAGGAAUUCCUGUCGCUUGCCGAGACACCGACCUACACCCCAGAAAAGGUGGCACGGUGGUGCAGUACCUUUGAAAUGUCGCCCAAGCCCGUACCAGGUAACGGCCGCACGGCUGCUCCACCUGUGUGGUACGGUUCCUUCACCUGUCGCGUGUCAUCAUACACAUACGGGCCCACGGUGUGCUACAGAAACAUGUAAAGAUAGCACAUCCUGCUGGUUUGUGAGACUACUGUAUUUUGCAAGUGUACCUGGUGAAACAAUCGUGGCUUGCAAUACAAUGAGAUGGAGAAAAUGGUCUGUCAAUUGUUAGCGGAGAACUUAUGACGAUGGUUUGAGCGGACCUUCUAUGGUCGACCCCACGCGCUCGGGCAGAUGACAUGAGAUCUGAGAACCUACAUGUAGACAAAAAGGAGAGAUGAAAAAUCGGAGAGAGAGAGAGAGAGAGAGAGAGAGAGAGAGAGAGAGAGAGAGAGA